AUGAGGUCAAAUGCACCAACACCGCCAAACCCCAGCAUACCAUCAUCAUCACCAUCAUCAUCAGGCAGCCGUAGAUCAAGAAUCCUACCAACAAAAUCAAGCAGCAGCAAAACCACCACAAACACCAACACCACCACCACGACCGCCGCCUCCAAAGAAAAACGCCGCUCCGUCCUCGCCUCGCUCAAGGAGUGGGUGAGCACGAGUGAGCCGUCGGCAGAAGCCUGGAAGAAGCACACGCGCGACGCGCACAAGAGCGCCGGCGUGUCGCGCAAGGACCCGCGCGCCACGGCAAAGCUGCACCUCCCCGCCGGCCGCAUCCCCGACGACGCCAUCCGGCCGUCCGGCCGCGGGCCAGACCCGGAGGAGCUGGUCAUCCGGCGGGCCGAGGAGGCCAGGGCCGCGUUUGCAAGCUCGCUGGGGCCUUCGGGGCUGGCGCUGCAUAGGUUGGGGUCCAGGACGUCGCAUGCCGGCUCGUCGCACUCGACCGAGUCGUAUGCCAGCACGCUUGGGACCUUGUUUGACAAGCCUGAGUGA